AUGGCACAGGGGACCCACCUAUCCGAAGCCGCCGUCUGCAAACUCUUCCCGACAACCCUGAAUGGACCAGCUGCAAUCUGGUAUCAAAGCCUGAAAGAAGCCUCUAUUCGAAGUUUUGAUGAGCUAGCAAGAGCUUUCCGAACUCAUUUCGCACCGAGCAUACAGCGGAAGAAAAAGUACAGUGAUCUAAAACUUUGCUACCAAAAGCCAGGGGAAAGUUUGCAAAGUUAUAUCGGCAGAUUCAAUGUCGAAGCGGUCGAAGUAGGAAACUUGAAUGACGACACCAUGAUAGAUGCAAUGAAAGAUAACACAACAAUGAUGGCAUUUCGAGAUAACCUAAUAACAAAUCCGGUGCAAACCUACUCCCAGCUCAUGGACCGAGCCUAG